GGAGAAACCACAUCCACAGCUACGAGCGACUCCCGCGGACGCCUGUAAGUUAACCCAGCCCGAGAAAACAUGUCGGCCUCGGCGGCAAAAGUGAGUAAAAAGGAGCUGAACUCGAACCAUGACGGAGCGGACGAAACCUCCGAGAAAGAGCAGCAAGAGGCGAUUGAACACAUUGAUGAAGUCCAAAAUGAAAUUGACAGGUUGAACGAGCAGGCCAGUGAGGAAAUCCUCAAAGUAGAACAGAAAUACAACAAACUCCGUCAGCCGUUCUUUCAGAAGAGGUCAGAACUGAUCGCCAAAAUCCCAAAUUUCUGGGUCACCACGUUUGUCAACCAUCCACAAGUAUCUGCUCUACUCGGAGAGGAAGACGAAGAAGCGCUUCAUUACCUGAGCCGAGUGGAGGUGACGGAGUUUGAAGACAUCAAGUCAGGCUACAGAAUAGAUUUUUAUUUCGAUGAAAAUCCGUACUUUGAAAACAAAGGACUUUCCAAAGAGUUCCAUCUGAACGAGAGCGGAGAUCCAUCUUCUACGUCGUCGGAAAUCAAAUGGAAAUCAGGAAAGGAUCUGACCAAGCGCUCCAGCCAGACACAGAACAAAGCAGGAAGGAAGAGGCAACACGAAGAGCCCGAGAGCUUCUUCACCUGGUUCACCGACCACGCUGACGCCGGCGCCGACGAGCUCGGCGAGGUCAUCAAGGACGACAUCUGGCCAAACCCUCUGCAGUACUACCUGGUCCCCGACAUGGACGACGAAGAGGGUGAAGGUGAGGAAGAGGAGGAGGACGAGGAGGGACUGGAGGACAUUGAUGAAGAGGGAGAUGAAGACGGGGAGGAUGAUGAAGAGGAUGAUGGAGAAGAUGGCGAGGAUGACGAAGGAGAAGACGACUAAUAAAAUAACAUCAACUUCCCAAACCCUCGACCUUCUUUUCCCUGUUUGGUUUUUUCCACUCAUGUUCGGGAGCAAAGUUUUUUUUUUUUUUUUUUUACUUUUUUGUUUUGUUUUUUUUAAGUAAUGCGUGUGUGUGUGUGUGUGCGCGCUUCAUUUUCCAUUCUGAAGCCUCUUCACCUGUUGGUGCCAUGUUCUGUUCUCCUUUGACUCGUCUUUAUCUUACAGCCGACGGCACUUUGCCCUGAAUUGUGAGUAAAAUCUCCCCCGAAGUCAUGGAAAAUAUAAAAUAAAGUGUUCCACUAGAUUCA